CAAUCUUUUUAGCCGUUUGUGGUUUACACAUUUCAUGUUUCAUGAGAAAUAGAGAUAGAAGAAAGAUUUACUAUGUGCUUACUUGUUUCUAUAUAAUACGUUUUUGUCGUCUACAUUGUUAUUACAUUCAAUAAGUACGUAGAUGGGUAUCUACUUAAUGUAGGUAACUUAUAAACUAGGUCAUUGAUAAGCAGAUAAUAGUGACCUGUAACCUGUGCCUUUUUUUUAGUUUCUGCGUCAAUCGCAGUUCCCAAAUAGCAACUUGAUUAAAAAUACUUAUAAAGAUGCCUGAGAAAAUAGCAGUUGUUACUGGAGCUAAUAAAGGCUUCGGUUACGCUAUAGUUAAAGGUCUAUGUGAAAAAUUCAUUGGUGCCGUUUAUUUGACAUCGCGAGACGAAAUACGCGGCAAACAAGCAUGUAAAGAUUUAGAGAAACUAGGUUACAAUCCUAUAUAUCACCAACUCGAUGUCACGGACGAAGAAAGUGUUACAACUUUCUGUUCAUUCAUUCGUUCACAAAAUAAAAAGAUUGACUUGUUAGUAAACAAUGCUGGUGUAUUAUUUUUAAAAGACUCGAAAGAACCGAAAUAUUAUCAAGCUGAACAAACCAUGUUGGUGAAUUUUUUCGCUUUGGUCGAUUUUACCGAAGCAAUUCUACCGUUGGUGAAUACAAAUGGGACCAUACUUAACAUAACGAGUUCUUCAGGACAUUUAUCAAGAAUACCUUCGGAGGAUUUAAGGAAAAGAAUCGGCGAUCCAAAUUUAAAUUUGGAGGGAUUGAAGAUUUUGAUGAAAAGUUAUUUAGAGUCGGUGAAAUUAAACAGAGAUGGCGCUGACGGUUGGGGCGAUUCUCCGUAUGUAGUAUCAAAAGUUGGAGUGAAUGCUUACACCUUCAUGUUACAUCGCCGAUUGGCUGACAAAGGUAUUGUCGUAAACUGCUUUCAUCCCGGCUACGUGAUGACGGACAUGACCAAAGGGGUUGGCUCCGUGACCCCUGACCAGGCGGCUGAAGUGGCUCUGCGGUGUGCGCUGCAACCUCGCGGAGGACUAUAUGUAUGGCAUAACGGAGCUACCGUGACCUGGGAUGGACCAGACCCUCGAGGUUUCAUCGAUGGGAAGAGUGUUUAGAAGAUUAAAUUGUUAAAAUACGACGUACUACAAUAGGCUACAAAACGAAGAAGAUUUUUUGCAUAUAGGCAGUUUAGAUGCCUAGAAACUCAUCACAAUUUUAUUUGUGAAAAUAAUCUCGUAAUUGUAAUAUUUUUAUAAAACAAAAUUGUAUUUUUAUUACGUCACCGCAAACGCCAAUCAUAAACUGUGACGUCAUUCGCUACAAGGCAUCGGUUUGUGAUUGACGCUUGCGGUGACGUGAUAUAUCACAUCACUGCAAACGCCAAUCACGCUGUUAUCUCUAUGAAUGACGUUACUUGCUAAUGUGUUGUGUUUUGGCGGCAAAAAUUUUACGUGGAUAUUUUUUCAUUUAUAUUAAAUUUUUUACUGGUUAUUAUAUAAAACCUAAAGCUCUUUAAUGAGAUGAAACAUUGGCCAAUACUCCUGUCUCCCUACAAAUAGGUACGCCUGGAUGCUUGGCUUCUUAGACUUAAUAAACUGAAAGUAGUAAGAGAAAAGAUUUGAUAGUGUUUGUAUUGAGUAGGCUCCGAAACUACUGAACCGAUUUGAAAAAUUCUUUCACUAUUUUAGAAUUUUAACUAUCGUGAGUGUUAUUCAUAUUAAU